UCUCUCUACCAGCUCCCAUCAGGCCUGUCUCGAAAUCGGUGUAUGAUACGCCGGUCAAGCAAUUGUUGUGCGUGUUGCCUUGCUGUCGACAAAUUUUUCCGCACCACAAAGCUCAGCCCAGACAAUAAUAUGAAGUCUUUCGCCGUGUUCGCUGCAUGGUGUGCGGGUGGGGCGCUCGCGUUCGCCCCUGUGCCCAAGGUAUCCUCCGUGGGCGCCAAGUCUGCUCCUGCUAGGAACAGCGCAGCUACUGCUCUUGAUGCUAAGAGCAAGGCUCUCCCCUUCCUCGAGAGCCCGGCCACGCUGGACGGGAGCAUGGUCGGGGACUUUGGCUUCGACCCGCUCGGGUUGACGGAGAACAUCGACGUCCCCUUCGCGCGUGCUGCGGAGAUCAAGCACGGGCGCGUGGCGAUGCUCGCCGUGGUCGGCUUCCUGCUGACGCAGUACGUGCACCUCCCGGGGGACCAGUUCCAGGCGGGACCCCUCGAGGCGCUCACGAGGGUGCCUGCCGGGGCCCAGGCACAGGUCUUCACGUUCAUUGGCACGUUCGAGAUGGCUUCCAUCCUCCAGGCGUACUCCGAGAAAACCACCGACCCCUGGGAGAUCCUCUUGCAGGACCCGACGGGCGCGAAGUCCUUCUACAACAAGAGCGAAACGGAGCAGGAGAGGCUCAAGCUUUCCGAGGUCAAGCACGCGCGCUUGGCGAUGCUCGCCAUCAUCGGCGAGCUGACGCAGAUGAUGAUGUUCCACAAGCCCUCCCUUGACUUCUAAGCAGCGCUGUCCGUGGCGGGGCACCCCCAUCACACGUUAUGAAUGAACCAAAGGCGGAGAUGCUUUUUUUGCUCCGAACAGCGAGGUGGUGACUAGCCGCCCACGUUCGCGUUGGCGGGGCAGUCGGGGGAGGGGGGAGGGGGGCGCAUGUUUCUGAUUUCAAAGGUUGUGUCCAUCACGAUGCGUGAAGGGUAGGAUCGAGAAUGGUAAUGAGAUAAGACUUCCUUUGAGAUGGGCUGCCCAUUAGUGUGCCUUGUCUCGUGUUAGUUGAAGCCCCCCCCCCUCCCCCGUGUUCUUGUAGUACCCAGCAAAACUAGACAAGCGGCGGUUUAUGUCGGGUCAAAGCGUUUGCAGCACGCUCGGAUGCCGGAAACUGAUUCCGUCGGCGUGUCUCGUUGAUUCAGGUAGAACGGGCGCGGGGUGAGGUAUAGCGGUACGUUUGCUUGUGGGGUGUUUCUUAACAAUGAGCAGCAGCGUUGCAUUAAGUGUUUCCCUCUUCUCGUUUCUCACGGGUGGGGGGUUUUCAUGUUCGAUGGCGCAGCGGUGUCAGGGGAGGGGAGGGGGAAAAAGGAACGGGAUUGAUUGUGUUCGUUUCGAUUCUCCUUUUACCACUUUUCUGUACACGGCGUCAUCGUUUUAAGGGACCCCCCCCGCCCGGCGGGGGUCCCGUGGUGUUCCUUCUGGGUGGUGGCGGUGGCCUGAGACGUAGGUCUGGUAAAGAGAGUUCAGCAGGUCCUUGGAGCGUUCUUGCGGCAGUCAAGCGGUGUGGCCUCUCUCUCUCUCUUCCAUGUAAGCGGUAGAAAAUCCUCGUGUUUGCUUGCGUCUUUUGAGAUUUGUCGAUCAACCAAAUGGCACCAUCCAAAUUGUUUCUUUCCCCGAACAUCAUCAGCCAGGCACUCGCGGUCUCAGGUCGUCAGUCCUCUCUUCGUGCAACGCUGUCUGGAGUCAGCACGAGUUGGUUACGAACGUAUGUGCAGUGGCGAUAGCAGUGCAUUAUGGAGAUCAUGCCGUCGCCAUAUGGCUCUUCCGUGUUUUUCUUGCAACAAACGCGGGAUGGUCCAAUUGGUCCAACUCUUGAGGGGACCAUGGGCUUCAAAACCGUAAGGGGUGAACGGAAGGCAUCAAAACC